AUGCCUCGUGCCGUCAGAGGAGUCCUCAUCGAGUGCGAUCCGUCCGUGAAAGCCAUUAUUCUCAAGUACGACGAAGAAAGACACGACUAUAUCGUUGAAGACCUCGACGAUGACCGUCAUCUGGUCAUCAAGGAGAGCCAGCUGCAGAACCUGAAGGCGAGGUUGACAAAGGUAGGGAUGCCGGAAUGA